UAACCGACUCCGACCUUCGGAUCGAUCCUCGGGUGAGCCUCCCAAAUAUGGGUAGCAGAAAAUAGGAGCGAGAAGAGAGAGAGAGAGAGAGAGAGGUGCUCCAUUCAUCAUACAAAAGCAAAACAAGAAAAUUUGUCAUGUUUUCUUGCCUGGUUCCGUUCCAGGUGAGGGCAAAGCAUGUUUUGAGCUUCCAUGGCUGAUAGGAGCCAUUCGGCGUGAUCUCCAGGACAGAACAGAGAACCGAGAAUCCGCUGAUCAUCCGUUUUGGCGUACAGGAAUCCGUUUCUUUCUCUUCCAUUUUUCCAAAUGAAUUCCGAUUGAUUAAUCCAAUACUAAAUAGUUUUCCUGUACGCCAAGAUCCUCCCUUUGUUGAGUAAACAUGUACAAAAACAUACAGAUUUUGCUCUCUAUUAUUUCUGUAUCCGUUCUUUUCGAUUCCCUUUACGCGUCAAGUGCAGACCCCACCCCGUUGAUCCUUAGCUGUGGGUCGACGGGCGGCGGGAAGGACGCCGAUGGGCGAAAAUGGGACUCGGAUUCUAAGUACUUCACCUCCAACAACUCAACGGUAGAGAAAGCCACGUAUCAAGACCCCUCUCUCCCCUCCGAUGUCCCAUACAUGUCUGCCCGGAUUUUCACCUCCGAAGCAACAUAUCAGCUACCCGUGAAAUCCGGCAACCGCUACUGGGUCAGGCUCCAUUUUUACCCAUCUACGUAUGGAUCCCUCGAUCCUGCAGAUGCGUACUUCUCGGUGGUCGCCGGCAGCGUCACCCUGUUGAAGAAUUUCAGCGCCUCGGUCACGGCUCAAGCUCUCACACAGGCCUACCUCGUGAAGGAAUAUUCUCUGGCACCCUUGGACUCGGAUUUUGUGAACAUCACUUUUGCGCCUUCAGAUAAGCACAGUGGAGCCUAUGCCUUUGUGAAUGGCAUCGAGCUGAUUCCGAUCCCGGACUUGUUCGACUCGGCACAGAUGGUCGGGUUCUCAGACCAACCUGUCGAUGCCAAGGCCGCGAAUCUACAGACUAUGUAUAGGUUAAAUGUUGGAGGCCAGUAUAUACCUCCGAGCAAUGACUCCGGUACGCUCACUCGAACAUGGUACGAUGAUACGCCUUAUUUGUAUGGAGCAGUGGCAGGAGUCACAAACGAGGCCGACAAAAAAGUUCAGAUCCAGUACAAUGAUUUGCCUGACUAUGUCGCCCCGGUUGAUGUUUACAGAACCGCAAGAUCCAUGGGGUACGAUAAGAAUUUGAACAAGAACUACAAUCUGACUUGGCAGUUUCAGGUGGACGCUAAUUUCACCUACCUUGUGAGGAUGCACUUCUGUGAAUACUUCUUGACUAAGGUCAACCAGAGAGUUUUCGAUAUUUACAUCAACAAUCAGGUUGCCCAGGAAGCAGCCGAUGUGAUCGGAUGGGCGAGUGAGCAGGGGGUGCCGGUUUAUAAGGAUUACGCAAUUUAUGUCGGCGACGGGAAGGGGGACGAGCAAAUCUCGAUAAUGAUGAAUCCCUCUGUCACUGCAGAUCCUCCACCGGAGUACUACGACGCUCUCCUAAAUGGGCUGGAAAUAUUUAAGAUAACCGAUGCAACCGAAAACUUGGCGGGUCCCAAUCCGGAGCCAUCCGAGAUGCUAAUCAAGGCUGAGGCCGAGGCUGCAGCUAAGGCUAGUGAAGCAAAGGCUUUCACGUCAUCAACAACGAGCAACGUUAAGUUGAUCACUGGAGCGGCUGGAGGAGCGGCUGCGUUCGGUGCCUUGGCGGCAAUAUGCAUCACAGUCUACGUAAAAAAGAAGAGAGUCCCCGGAACCGAAUCACAUACAACUAGCUGGUUACCUAUCUCGGGUUUCUCCCACACGGCAGGAAGCAAAUCGCACGCCUCUGCUGCCAGCCACCUCUCGUCAGAGGCUCAGUGUCUCAGCCGACGUUUCUCGUUAGCUGAAAUUAAACAGGCAACGAAGAACUUCGACGAGUCUUAUGUCAUUGGGGUCGGAGGCUUCGGCAAGGUCUAUAAAGGAGUCAUUGAUAAGACCAUGAAAGUGGCCAUCAAGAGGUCAAACCCUUCCUCAGAACAGGGAGUUAAUGAGUUCCAGACUGAAGUGGAGAUGCUUUCCAAGUUGAGACAUAAGCACUUGGUGUCGUUGAUUGGAUACUGCGAGGAAGAGAACGAAAUGUGCUUGGUUUACGACUACAUGGCGAGGGGAACGAUGAGGGAACACAUCUACAAAGGAAACAACACACCACUGUCAUGGAAGCAGAGGUUGGAGAUCUGUAUCGGCGCAGCGAGAGGACUUCACUACCUUCAUACAGGGGCAAGGUACACUAUCAUUCACAGGGAUGUCAAGACCACCAACAUUCUCCUAGACGAGAACUGGGUAGCGAAAGUUUCAGAUUUCGGGCUCUCGAAGACCGGUCCUAACAUGGAUAAAGGCCAUGUUAGCACUGUGGUGAAAGGAAGCUUUGGGUACUUGGAUCCCGAGUACUUCCGCAGGCAGCAGCUGACAGAGAAAUCGGACGUUUACUCCUUCGGGGUUGUCCUCUUUGAAGUUCUGUGUGCAAGACCUGCAUUGAACCCUAGCCUCCCAAAGGAGCAAGUAAGUCUUGCUGAUUGGGCUCUGCACUGUCAAAGAAAGGGAAUCCUUGAGGAUAUCAUUGAUGCUCAGCUCAAGGGCAAGAUCAACCCCGAGUGCUUGAAGAAGUUCGCGGAGACCGCCGAGAAGUGCCUCUGCGAGCACGGACUCGAGCGUCCCACCAUGGGAGACGUGCUGUGGAAUCUCGAAUUCGCUCUCCAGUUGCAGGAGAACGCGGAUGGUUCCAGCCAUUCCUCUCACCGAGCAGGAAGCAAUGUUUCCGAGGAAGUCGCUCCACGACUAGACUUGAACAGUCUGAGCAUCGGCAGCGAGCACGAACUGAGCCAAGAUUCAGACGACAUGAACGCUAUUUUCUCGCAGAUAGUCAAUCCGAAAGGCCGAUAAGGACAAUGUUACCGUCCCAUUCGCCAAUUUACCUAGAUGAUUCUGACUUUAUUUUCUGGUUUUUCUGAUAGUAACACUAAGUGGAUGCAUGUUGAAGGUAACACCAGGUGAAGCUCCAUCUGUACUUGUGAAGUUCAGUGUGAAUUGACAGAUGUUGUGGGUUUUUCUUGCAAAAGAAUCUAUAAAUUGGCAUUACUUAUUACCGCUA